GUGAAACCAGGAACUGUACUGGCAUAAACACACUGAGAGAGAUAUCACUUCAGCUCAGCUACAGAUGAAAGCUGCGGAGGAAGAAGCAAGUUAGUUGUUAGCUCUUUGUUGUGAAAAGGUGUCAUCUGGUGUGUUUAAACAGGCGAGGAGAGCUGAAAGGAAAAAUGAACUCUGCGUAUACGAGACUUGAUGACGAUUCUGAAUCAGAAAAAGGGAGGCCGACCAGCUGUGUGACAUUAGUUGUGGUUUUGGCCUGUCUGACUGUUCUGGGGAUCGUGCUUGCCAUUGUUGUGCUGGAAAGACCAUCACCCUCUAAAGACGAGACAUUUCCUGAGGAGGACGAAUGGAACACUACUGAUCAGUGCAGCAUGGUCCUGGUGGAGAGCAUCCCUCAACAUGUGAAAUAUAAAGCCAAUGCAACAUUUGGUCUCCCUUUGGAAAAAGCCUGGAAAGAUCUGAUCUCAAUGGCAACGCACCAAGUGGAUGUUGUCUCUUUCUACUGGACUCUAACAGGGGAUGACAUCGGUGUAAACUCGUCCUCUGACUUACCUGGGAGGCAGAUCCUUAAAGCUCUUGAAGAGCUGCCCUCCAGAAACAUUUCUGUGCGAUUACUCUCCAGUGUUCCAAGUGUUCAAACAAACUCCUCGGAUUUUAAAAUACUAAAAGAAAAAGGAGUUCAGGUGAGGAGGGUGAACUUUGGACGCCUGACUAGAGGCGUCCUGCACAGCAAGUUUUGGAUUGUUGACAGAAAACAUGUGUUUAUUGGGAGUGCAAACAUGGACUGGAGGGCUCUCACACAGGUGAAGGAGCUAGGAGUAGUCGUCCAUAACUGCUCCAGUUUAGCAAAGGACCUGCAUAAGAUUUUCCAGUCUUACUGGGUGAUGGGAGAGCCCAACAGCACCCUGCCUCAGCCCUGGCCUGCAGCGUAUGACACUGUCAUCAACAAAGAGCACCCCCUGAUGGUGAAAACAGGCAAUGUCUCCAGCUUCAUUUACCUUGCAGCCUCUCCACCACCAUUCUGUCCUCCAUCAAGGACUCAGGACCUGGAGGCUAUCCUCUCCAUCAUCUCAGAUGCCCAGCGCUUUGUUGAUGUAGCUGUCAUGGAGUAUUUCCCCACAAUACGCUUUGAAAAGCCUCACAGAUACUGGUCCUUCCUUGAUGAUGCCAUCAGGACGACUGCAUUUGAGAAAGGGGUUAAAAUCCGGAUGUUGCUCAGCUGUGGGCGGGACUCUGAUCCAACCAUGCUGCCCUUUCUUCAGUCUCUAGCCUCAGUGGACAGCCCACAUCAUGGCAUCAACAUCCAAAUAAAAAUUUACAUCGUACCAGUGGGAAACCAGUCAGAUAUCCCGUACUCCAGAGUGAACCACAAUAAAUACAUGGUGACUGAUAAAGUUGCCUACAUUGGUACGUCCAACUGGUCAGGUGACUACUUUGUGACCACAGCUGGAGUAGGUCUGGUGAUUUCCCAGCAUGCUCCCCACCCUGUAUGGAAGACCGAGGCCCUGCAGAGCCAGCUCAAAGCAGUCUUUGACAGAGACUGGAACUCUGAGUUCGCCGUGCACCUCGAUGACCUGAAACACCACCCAGACUGUGCACUAUCAAGAGAACAGAAACUCCUUUAGAGAAGUUACACAUUACUUUGUGUCACUGUAAAUGCCCAACCACAGAUAGUGUAUGUUUCUGCAGGGAUUUAUCAGAGCCUCAAGAAGCUGUAAGGAUGUUUGUCAUGCAAGAUUGAAAACUAGUUUCUCUUGAGCCAGAUGGUCCAAAAUAUGUUCAGUUUUAGAGUAGACACAAUAACCUGCUUUUAUUUUGACUGCUUCUUGUAAAUAACUGAGAAAGACUGACGCCUUCCAAACCAAACUGAGAUUUUUUUUGUUUUUUAGACUAUUUUAUGUUUUUGACACUUCUUUGCACUGUUGAAGACAAACAGAAAUGUAGCUUAGUUUAGGGAGUUUAUAGUGUUGAAAGAAAAAACAUUCGAGGAGAUGUCUUCUCAAGUUAUCACAAACUAACUGAGAUGGAUGUGCAGUUUAUGACUUCUUAAAUUUAUCUUUAUAUACAAUGUAAAAUAUUUCAUGUGGUGUGUAUAAUUUAAUCACAAGACUAACAUGCUCUCCUACUUGAGGUGGAAAAAAGGGAGUAGUAAAAACUUUUGAAUUAUAAGCUUGUAAACAUAUGACCAGAUGUUUGUACUUUUGUUGAAAUAAAUUCAAACACUUGAAGACUUACCCUCA